AUGGGGGUACAAAGGAUUCCCCAAAAAAGCUUAAUGGAGCUGAUAGGAGGUCAACAGGGAAAGUCUGCACCUGCCCAAAUAGUACCAUCCCAGGUUUCAUCUCUUCCAGCUAGGUCUCCUCCUCCAGUCCCUCAUCACCCUCCUCAAUCGUCUCCGCAACCAGCACCGCCAAGCACUGCCACGCAAGAGAAGCGCAGAGAGCAGAAAGGUAAGGGGGUGGCAGACGCGAGCAAAUCCCGUCACACUCGGGAGGAGGAUGUCCAACGAGCGGCAAAGCAGCAGAAAACCAGGCAACCCUCUACGCGGGGCCAAGAGAAAUCCAAUUCCCCACAUCCCGAUUCACAAGCGUGGCUGCCAGUUCCUAUGCUCGGUGAGGAGCCCCUGCGAAACGAUGCCUCUGUAAGGGAUUAUAACGGCAGCAUUGGGUGUCAUGUGGCCUCGGCCGUAGAGGAGGCCUUAUUGCUCCCAAAGGAUAUGGCUGAGCUAAAGAAUGUAAGGAAGAAUCAACUCAUUCUUGACAAUAAACGGUAUUUGGGCAUGGAUCUAACCGUCGUAAGAAAAAAGCUACAGGUCGAGGAAGAAGCUCGCAAGAGAGCUGAGUCGUCAUCAGAAGGCUACCAGAAGCAGGCCGAGGAACAAGCCAAGCUUCUGCGCGAGGCGAAUGCCGAACUGAAGAAGACUCGGGAGCAAGUUCUUGUUCUUAAGAAGCAUCUAGAAGAAACUCAGAGGUUAAGGGAGAGAGCUGAAAAGCUUAAAGAACAAGCCGAGAAAGCAAAAAUCGAGUCUGAGAAGGCCCUUAACGCUGCUGGGGUUGAAGCCUCAUCUGAACUACGUAAGCCAGAGAACGUGUAUUACCCCGAAGCAAUACGCUCCUCAACUCCUCAACCACACCAAGCCGAUAUUCCAGCCCCAGCUGUUAACCCCAGCGAGGAGGCUUUGCCUCGCUCCUCCUCUCCAGGAGCUUCUCCAAGCAAAUCCACCAUUGCUUCGAAGACAUACACGGUCUCACAGGGUUUUCAACAAGAAUUGGACUCCACAGUUCAAUCAGCUGGGGGCAUCAUCAAAGAGUAA